GUGGGCGAGGCCGGCUGCGCAUGUGAAGCUCGCAUGCUCGGCGACCCGUCUUUUUUGGAUGUAGCCCGUUUCUUGUGCUCCCGGCGUUCUUUUGUGUUCCGUCUGCAUUUCGGCACGGUACAUCUGCACUAUUGGACUACAACAAGAUCUUAUGAGAAUAAAUAAUAACAGGUAAAUCCUUCUAUCAACAGCGAAAACCACCUACGAAACCAGAAUGAAGUAUGGCCAUUAUUUGGUAAUUGUGACUGUCUUGAUCUGUGAAACAUCUGCAAAGAAUUUUUGUGAGGGAGAAAAUGAGGAAAAACACUUCUGCAAAUAUAAAGGCGAGGAUUAUUCGAGGCUGUGCCCGAGAGUAACUAAAACGUGCAGCAAUACCGGAGAAAUAAUGUGCAUCUGCAAAGAAGGGUACUUCCGGCACGAGUUUUGGAAGCCUUGCGUGGCGUGGAGAGAAUGCGUUGUGCCCAAUCCAAGCAACACACAGAUUCUCCCAACUGAAGAAAUGACUGACUAUUAUCCCGAAGACGAAACGACCACUGAGGUGACAGUGCAAGAAAAUGACGAUGCGUCUCGGAAUACGAGCGCUACUGAUGGCGAAAUGUUGCCUUGCAUUUGGUGUCCGGUGCUCCGUUCUUUAUAUGCAUCUAUCGAGCCCGAGCAGAAGCCCAUGGACGGCAGCGUGAUUUCUCGAAGAUUGGUCCAGACCGGGCAUGAAAUGGCACCUCCGUCAAUGCGGCAGUGGGUGAAGGAGAGGAGCAACGUGAUUAUAGGAGACUCAACGUUUACACCGUGGCAGCAAAAGCAGCUUACCAUCAGCCUGGUUUCUGCAGCUGAUGGAAGGCAUGUCAUCCAGCUAAAUGCCCCCGGUCGUGGAAGCCUACCUGACGGCGCUGAGUUGCAUUAUGAUAUAUUGCAUUCGAAUGAGAAGUGCAUCAUUGUCGGGAAACAUCCUCCACGAGGAAAAAGGACAAAGUGCUAUUUCUGGACCCCUCAAAGCAGGAUCGGAGGGAGUGAUUUUGAGUGCGAUUUUAUUUUUAAUAACUAUUGUCAUCUUCCUUUUACUGUAUUAACGGAUGUGAGCGAAUGUCUGUAGCUGUAUGAUGUGUCAAUAAAUUCGAGACAGCAGCU